AUGUCCGCCAUGUCCCAAUCCGAGUACGACGCCCUCAUCUACCCCGGCUUUCUCCGUCGUAAUGUCGCGAGGUGGAACGACGACGGGAGCGCCUUGCCGCUCUCCCGAGCGCGCGGACCGAAGGGGGAGACGUUCGUCUUGCAGCUGAGAUCGGGAGAGAUCGAUCAAGACGUCAGCGCGAUCGAAUCCGAGCUCGGACUCGCGUUGAAAGGGUUAAAGGGCGGACGGAAGCGCGCGUCCGCGGGCGCGAACGAAUGA